AUGUCACAUGCCUUCUACAGGGAAGCACUCGCUGUGAAGGACGAUGCAACGGCAAACCUGGAACUGGAUAUGGUGGACAAGGUGGUGCGUACAGUGGCGGCUGAGCUCGGGAAGUCGUGCGUCUGGAUUCAGCUGUUCAAGUACAUGCAGCGUGUCAUCUACAACACCAACCUCGAACUAGAUGUGAUGGGGAUUUACAAGGACGUGGAGGGCACAACGGCAGAUUUGACAGAGCAGUUCGGUGGCAAGAGGAAGUCCUGGCUGGUCAACUUUCUCCAGGUGCACGGGCAAGGCAGAGGCAAGAAGGUGCGGGUUCGCGGUGUGGACGGGGAAGGACGCCCAAUCAACCACAUGUACACCAUGCACAAGAGGCAGCUCCCUGGGCACAAGUACGAUAGCACCUACGUCGACUACGUCAAGCUGUGCCGCAGUCAUGUGAAGAGCGCAAAGUUGGCUGUGGAAGAGCAGGCCAAGAAGAGGAAAGACAAGGAGGGUGAAGAUGGGGGAGGUGCUACCGGGCAGAACGAUGAUGACAAGGAGGGGGAGGACGAGGCGGAUGCAGAAGAGGAAGUGGACAUGGAUCAGGAGCUCGUGGACGAGGAAGAGGAGGAUCAUCCUUUCCUCUCAGACGAUGAGGAUGUGGAAGAGGUGUUCCACAUUAACAAGCCCAUGCACUAA